AGCUCUCAAGACGAUGCUGACUACAAUGAGACGUUUUCCCUAACCUCUAACACUGGUAUCAUUCAUCUGAAAAGAAAACUUGAUUAUGAAACCAAGUCCUUUUACCAUUUCAAAGUGUAUUCCAGGGACAAUGGCAAUCCAAUGUGUCCAAGUGUUGCCUGUAUAUGCACUGCUUCACCAGAUGUUUGUAGAGGGGAUCCAGUUGAUUUAUUUAUCACCAUCAUUGAUGUGGAAGAUACACCACCUGUAUUUGAUGGGCUGCCUUAUAUCAAAACCAUAUAUGAAAACCAGCUCCUUGGCACAUCUGUGAUAAAACUGAAGGCUACAGAUGGAGAUAGAGGAGUAGCUGUUCCUAACAAAGUUCAGUAUAACAUCACAGGUGGAAAUACAGAUACUGAUUUUCCAUUUUCUAUUGGCUUAAUGGAUGGUACCAUUGAAGUCAGUAAAAUUCUGGACGCUGAUAAUCCACUAGUAAGAAGUCGUGGAGGACUGUAUCUUUUUACUGUUACUGCAACAGAAGUGAAUGGUACAGGUCAAUUUGACCCAAGUGUAUCAGUCAGCAGUACGCAGGUGUCUAUAACUGUAUUGGAUGUCAAUGAUAAUCUGCCAGAGUUCAAACAAGGGACAUAUAGUGCCACAGUACAAGAGAAUACGCCCAAAGGAGCUCCACUGCUAAUGAGCACUACAAUUGAAGUAGAGGAUAUUGAUCAGACUGGAAACAACAUGUUUAGAGUGGUGAUAAAAAAAGAUGGCGCUGCCUACACUGACUUUACCACUCUACCAAAUGAAAACCAAACAAUCAUUGGGAGAUCAAGCAUCACUAUAAUAGUAGUUAACUCUUCAGUGUUGGACUAUGAAGUUAGAAAGAAUAUCACAUUUCAGCUUGUAGCUGAGGCACUAAAUGGGACAGGAUUUAUCACUAACUUAACGUCAGUGACUGUGUCACUACAGAUUACUGAUGUUAAUGACAAUAGUCCUUAUUUUCCAAGUCAAGCUACACAUUUCAAUGUGCCAGAAAAUGCUACAGUUGGCACCUUUGUGACUCAAGUCAAUGCCAGUGAUUUAGAUUCUGGAGAUUAUGGAACAAUAACAUUCAGUCUGGAGGAUUCGGAAACUGCAUUCUCAAUAAAUAACCAAACAGGGAAGCUUUUAGUGAAUUCUUUACUGGACAGAGAAACAAGAGCAGUGUACAAUCUGGCCAUCUUAGCCACUGACAGUCCUCUCCAUCCGGAGGCAGAGCGGAGAAGAUCAAGACUACAAAUCAACAUAAAUGUGACAGAUGUUAAUGAUAAUGCACCAGAGUGGACCCAGUCUGUGCCAUAUGUGACUGUGUUGGAAAGUACCCCAGUUGGUACUAAUAUCACACAGCUACUGGCAACUGACAGAGAUGAAGGACUCAAUGGACAGAUAGUUUUCUCUAUAGCUCCCAAUACCAAUGGUUCUACUUUAUUUAAUGUUUUGGGAGACAAUGGCAAGGCUUUUAUCUCAGUCAAGAAUUCAUUGGUGAACAAUGUUGGACUUCGAACUGUGAUUGUAGUAGCAAUGGACAGGGGCAGUCCACCUCUGAGCUCUAAUGUUACCAUAUCAAUUUUAGUAGUUGAUGAAAACCAGAACAAACCAGUUUUUGUUCAACCUAAUCAAAGUGCAUUUAAUGAAAGUACUGGAAAAAUUCCUGAAAUAGUUAUUUAUGAAGAAAUACCUCCAGGAUCUUUCCUUUAUCAAUUGAGUGCAACAGAUGCUGAUCAAGGCUUGAAUGGAUUGGUCUUUUAUUACUUGGACUUUACAUUAGGAGAAGACAGUGAAUAUUUUAGAGUGGACAGAGUCUCAGGGAACAUGACAUCUGUUAAAAGAUUGGACAGGGAAUACCAGGAAAUUUAUGAGAUUCGAGUUAAAGCUGAAGACAAUGGCCAGCCAGCAUCCCUAUCAACAUCCCUUCCCAUUCGAGUGCGUCUGCUGGAUAUUGAUGAUAACUCUCCUACCUACGACAAGGUCACCAUGCCUCAGACAAUGUUGGUCACAGAGGAGAUGUCCCCAGUCAGCAUGGGAAAUAUAACUCCAGCUACAGAUAUAGACCAUUAUCCAAACAAUAUCAAUUGUUAUUAUCUCUAUGGAGGAGAUAAUUUAACAAGUUUUACCCUUAACAAAACCACUGGUAAUCUAACUUUGAUACACAAAGUGGAUAGAGAAAAAAUACAGUUUAUGGAUAUAGUGAUUCAAGCUUCUGAAAACUGCAACGAAUCGUCUAUGACAUCCGUUGACUCCAUGUAUCCAUCAUUUAAUUACAACUCCUCUGACUCUUCUCUACUGUACGUCAGGGUUAAGGUGAUUGACAUCAAUGACAACCCUCCAAAAUUUGUUUCAACGUUGUUGUCAACGGCUGUCAUAAAUGACAUUGACCUUGGCACAGAAGUAAUGACAUUGGCAGGCAGUGUUACAGAUGCUGAUACACCAGAGAAUAGCCACAAUAAGUUUCAACUUUUGAACAUAACACUCAAGAAUGACGACACUGUGCUGGACACAAACAAGCAGGCCUUUGUAGUUACUGUGAAUGGCUCCAUUGUAACAAACAUCAGAUAUCGUUCGGACAUAGUUGGCUAUUUCUCAUUGUUUGUUGAAGCUUAUGAUGAAAGAAAUCAAAAAGAUGUUGCGGAAAUAAGGAUAUUUGUAAUUUCCAAUCUCCAAAGAGUGCGGCUUGUUUUUAAUAGACUCCCAAACCAGGUGGAAGAAACAAAGAAUAUGUUUAUCAAAGAGCUUUCUGAUGUUUUAAAACUUGAUUUGGUGAUGGACAAAGUAGUGACACAUACAUCAAUUGAUGGAGUUCAAGACCCAACUAAAACUGACGCCUUUAUACAUGGCCGAGAGCUCAGUACUUUGAAUGUUGUCUCUGCUUCAGAGUUAAGUAGACGAUUUGACUAUGAUCAGAAUGCCAGAACUGUGCUGUACAAGUAUGGAGUAGGGGAAGCGAGGGCCCUAACAACUGAUUCCACGGAUACAUCCAAUGAAGAUUUAAAGAGGACUUUUGCUAUUGUGGCUGCAGUGUUGGCUAUUGCAAUGGUCUCAUUACUUCUGGUUCUUAUUCAUUUGGUUAGAAUGUAUCGCCAUCGACUAAGAGCUGCAACAACAAUGGUUUAUUCUUCAACACCAAAAGAGCAAGAAUUAUUUGAACCCCCAGGGACCAACAAAUAUUAUUCUGCUGAGAACCCUCUGUUUGGGAAAGAAAUCAAGCCAGCACUAUUGGAAGAUGACAAAGUCAGCAACAGUUCUUUGGAUGAUAAUGUUGUGGACUCUAAUACACAAAUACCAGAAGCACCAAAUGAACCAGAAGAGCAGGAAGUUGUCCUACAGAUCAGUGAGUCUCCUGCAGCUAGUCCUGGCCACAAGAAGGACCUCAACCACAACCCUCAUCUGGACGAGGUUCUUGAAGCUUAUCAAAAUAAAGGUUUUGAGGAUAAUGACGAGCCUGACUCCAGGUUAGGUCAAUCAGGAAGGAGUGAUCGACUCAGGCCAGCUAGUCACAGUCACAAUAGACCCAAAAUACCCGAGGCACCAGAAGGCAUUACAAAAUUCUCAGAAAACUUUUUAUCUUAUGACACUGGCUAUCAAAAUAUCAACUACUCUACAUCAGGUAGAGGUCAUGUGGAUUAUACAGACAUCUAGAAGCUUCCUGUCCAUUACAUACAGCUGGUCUGUACUGAUAAAAUUACAAAAAUAUAUUUCUGAUAGGGAAUAAAUAUCAGAAAGCAAAAGUUCUCAAAGAUAAUUUACAGAAACUUAUCUAAGAACUGACAGAGUGAUUUUUAAACACGUUACAUUAAACUAUUCUGAGAUCAGACGUCGGUUCUUAAAAACAUGAUGAAUAGAACUUCUGAGAUAGAACAGCAGUUCUUAAAUAUAUGUUACAUAAAAUCUUCUGAGAUCACACAGCAUGUGUUAAAAAAAAGCUUUUGGAAUAAGUUUUUUUUACUAAAUUUUUACCAGUGGAUAAUUUUUUUUUACAAAUUGUACUAAUUAUUUUAGAAAAUGUAAAUUGAUGAUUAAGAUGACUAAAUCAUUACUUAAAAUAUUAAGUGAGCUGAUUAACAUAAACAAUCUUUUUUUUAUACUGUCAUAUUCUUAUAUAUAUCUUCCCCAAUGAAUCAAGGAAGUUACACUAUUACUAUAUCCAAACAUUGUAAUAUUGUAGUGACAUUGUCUAUGCAGUGAUGACAUUUAUAUUUCCCAACCACUUGUGGCAGGCUUCAUCUCUGCAAAAAUAUCAAGUGCUAUGGAAUAGGCCCUCUGCUUUCUCAUGCUCAUUUGGCAGACAUUUCAAGGGCUGGAUAGCAUAGCAUCUUCGACUUGAUAGCACAGCAUCAUGGGAUGAAAGCAUGGCAUCAUGGGCUGGAUAGCAUGGCAUAAUGGGCUGGAUAGCAUGGCAUCAUGGGCUGGAUAGCAUGGCAUCAUGGGAUGAUAGCAUGGCAUCAUGGGCUGGAUAAGUUCUAUAGUUUAUGUUUUGAUUGUUUGGACCUUUUUUGUUUUUUUGAAAGGGGGAGAUAAUUGUUAAAGAAACCAAGCAGUGGUCAAAAGUAAAUAAAUUGGGCCAAGAAUAAACUUAUAUUUUUAAAUUAAAUUUUAUCAAUGAAAAGUUUUUUUUUUUUUUUUUUUUUACACCUUUCAUAUUAAGAGCUUCAGCAAGAAUUACCGCUGUUGACUCAAAUGUUUCUUUGUAUUCAACAAGGAGUUGAAAGAACUAGAUGUACAUGAGCAAUUAUGUAGAUUCCAAGUUUUGUACCAGUAUCUAUUUGAUAUUAGUUUAUUUGAUUACUGAUGUUUUGAAUGUUUUGAAAUAUACAAAUGUGAAAUAUUAGACUAGAUCUCAAUUUUGUAUUAAUAAUUGUAUGAGGCUCGUUGGAAAGAUUCCUCGAUAUCAUGAAGCAUUGCAAGAAAUAAAUAGAAUGAAAAAUCGCCAUCAGAUUUUAAAAUAGAAAUUGAGUAAAAAACACACACAAACUUUGUUUAGUUCCUUUGAAGGUAAAAGUAGCAAAAAAGGUGUUUAUUAUUAUACUCUAGAGUCAGUUUCGCUUUAUAUGUACCAGUAUAAAAGAUUUAAAACAAAAUAUUUAUGAACCUACUCCUGUUAGUUUUUCAUUUGUUUAUCACUGAAUAUUAAUGUUCAUGAAAUUAUAUCUGUAGGUUCUCGAUAAAAAAAGCAUAAAAUGUAAUUAUAAUACACCAAACAUAGUCACAUACUUGCAUUAUUCACCAAACUCUGACAGACUUUAGACAGACUUUAGACAAACUUGAGCCAGCCAGGAAAACCAAUGACUUGGCAGAAUUUACAUCAUUUGUUGACACGCAUGACUAGAUGCAUGAUGCAUAAGACAUAAUCAUCUUCUUUUUUGAAGCCAUGUCUGUAUUUUAUAAGAUAAGAAGAUAAGACUUAAGAUGUAUUAUAAGGAUAAGUGUCUACAUUUCUACUUUUUUCCUCCUACAUGUUAUGCAAGACACUAGGAUGGCUGCCUGGUCAUGCGGUUUGCGCGCUGGACUGUCGUUUAGAUUUAUCAAUGGUCCCGGGUUCAAACCCUGCCCGCUCCCAUCCCCCGUCAUCCUGCGGGAGGUUUGGACUAGGAAGUAAUUAUCUUCAACUCUGAAGGAACAUCCAAAACAUGUAAAACAUUUUACAAACAAACACUAUUAAUGCAAAAUACUGGGGUUGUAAGAUGCUGGUAUUAUUAGACUCUGUUGUUAUAAGAUACUGGUGUCACAAAAUACAAAUGUUGCUGUAUAUUAAACUCAGUGAUAAUGUUUAUUUAUUUCCUUGUACUGAAUAUUGACUUUAAAUACUUUACAAGAAAUUAAAUCUAUGCAAGUCAUUUGUAUAACUCAUCGACAAACAAUGGAGUGAAUUAAUAAACAAACUAUAAUUUCAAAGACCCUAUGAGUGUUGUAUCUAAUCUUAUGUUUAGUGUUGUGUACCCAAUGUAGUGACUAAUAUUUUGUCUUGUCAUAAAUAUGAGCAAUUUAUUUUACAGUUCAUACUUAUUUUUACAUACAAAUGUUUUAUCAUGUAUUGAAAUUUGUAUUACUUUUAUAUAUAUAUUUGGAGGCACUGUGGCUGAGUGGUAAAGCGCUUGGUUUCUGGGGUCUUUGGUUGGAAUCCUGGUGAAGACUGGGAAACAGAUGAUCUUUACAUCAUCUGCUCUAUAUAUACAAGGUCUGAUCGAAAGGGAAACUUUUUUAUUUAUAUAUAUAGUCUUCAGGACUACUAUAACUGAUCUUAUUAAUUACAGACAUUAGUUCAAAAGAUAAGUACAUAUCCAUGUGUCAAUCUAGUCAUACAUGUUAGUGAGUCCAAAUCUGCUAAGUUGUUGGUUUUCCUGGCUGAUUCAGGCAACCCAUUUCCCAAGCUCUAAUAGCAUUUGGGAAGAUGGAGCACAUAUAUUAAUUUGUCCUAGCAUAUGGAAUAAGAAAAGUGUCUUAAACUUUGUGUGCUUUGAGCAUUUUAUUAUAUAGUUUUAUUAUAGGCCUAUAGUACAAGGUAUAAUAAAAGUUAUGUCAGAUUUUUCAUAAAUGCCCAUUUUGAGAAAUAAACUGACAGGAUCACAAACCAAAACUAAUGACAACAUUAAAUACAACAAGCUUGUUGGUAAACUAAAUUACCUUUUACAAUUUUAGUGAUUGAAAUGUAGAAACCUUUAAAAAACAUAAAUAUUAGGAAUUCAGAACUUCUUCCUUUGUGCUGACAUCAAGCUGGAGUACUGCAAUCCUACAUCUCAGCUGGACUUUUCCAGUUUUUUUUGAAGCUCUCCAUAUAGAUUUUUUCAAAGAGUUGUUUUGGAGCCAUAUCUUGUUCAGGGCUCAUGAUAAAGAAAGCAGCUUUGAAAGACUUGGUCGGCAUUCUCUGGAGACAUCCAUGUGUGCAUGCUUUGCUAGAUCCAAUUGUUCAGAGUCUGGAACAUAUUGUGGUGCAUUCUGUUGUGUCCAGUUAGAACAUUUUUUUUCUCUGAUUCUGUCAAAGCAGUGCAAAUAUUUUCAAAAUGUCAAUUUCUGUGGUACUGAUGAGUUACAAAAAAUAUUAAAUAUUUCUCAAUUUUAUUUACAUUUUGCAUAACUUUUUGUAGAAAUAUUUUCCCUAUCAAUGAUAUUUCAUCUAUGGUAACCAGGUCUGAAUUUAAAGCGAGGUUACAGCCGUGAGGUCGCCACAUAAGAGAUUUUAAAAUUCAUUCAUGGUCUUACUCUACUUAAACUAACAAAAAACAAAAAAUACAUUUUCUUUCACAAAAAUUGCA